CCAAACAGGGCCAUUGUAAUUAGCCAAUUGGUUUGAAUUUUUUUUUAAUCUCUCAUUUUGCUUCUUUAGCCGACCCCAUUUGAUGGGACUAAAGGCUUGGCUUGGCUUGGCUUGGUUUGGUUUCUCAUUUUGCAUCUUAUUACCUCCUAUUGCGAUUCAGUAUAUGUUCAGAUCUAAACCCUAAUUUUGUUGGUCAAAUUUGAUACAACAUAAUGACAAAAAAUGAUUUAUGUAACUAACCUAGAACACAAGACUUAAUUUGAUUUAGUUUGGUUAUUAAUUUAUUUACAAAGCCAUGUCCCCCCAAACUUUAUGAAGCACUUAUCUUCAAAGCCAUCUCAUAACUUGUGCUCUAGAGAAUUUCAGAGUUUAGUGAUGGAUUGGCUCCAAUAAGUUGUACCAACUUUUGUUUUUUUAACUGUCUUUACAAAUGAAAUGUCUUAUAAGUAUGGACUAUGGAGGAGCUAUCAUCUGUGCCGCCGUCCAGGAAUUGAAAAUUCCAAACUCCUUUCUUUUGCUGGCAUCAUAUCAUAGAUAUAAACAGCCAAAUGUUUGGCACAGAUGAAAAUGCCAAAUUGGCGAUCAUGUCUACACUAAUCAAUCACUGAAAGUGACUUCCAUCUCAAUAUAUAUAUAUAUUAACGAUAGGCGUAAAUAUGAUGCGUUUAUAAUUUUAUAAUUAAAAUUUAAAAUGGUUUAGUGAUUGAGGAAUACUUUGAUAAAUGAGUAAAACAUCUAAUAGUUUUGAAUGGUUUAAUGAAUAAGGAAAUUAUUCAGCAAUUAUUGGACGUGACAUAUACUAAAACGCGAUUUCAUUUCUUUUCCUAUCUUUUUUUUAUUUUUAUUUUUAUUUUUUGAGUUUUGAGUAGGCUUUAGAUCUUUAUAAACCUAAAAAUACACAAAGUCACAAUGACAUUAGAGCCUAUGUAAUCUCUUGAAUUCUAUUUUAGCAAGCAUACAUAAUAAAAUUACCACCGUCCAAUUUCCUAUGCUUCUUCAAUAUUGUUUUCAACUGAGCUAAUUAAUUGGUCUAUACUGACAAUGAUUGAGAGGUAUAGAUUUUCUUGUUAGCUCUUGCUUGAGGAAAUUAUGCUGAUAUGCACUUUGUGCGGCUAUUAUAUAAUAACCAACCAAAGCGUCAAGUCCUCUGUGAUUCUGACACGUAUAUGGUGGAUCAGCUCCUCUCCUCCCCUCACUGGCAUUAUAAAUAGCAGUCAGGGCCUCCAACCUUUGAGGCAAAACAAUUCAAUUUCCUCUGAAAUAACUUUCCAUUGUUCUCUCUUUCUCGCCCCCUAAAAAAAUGUCUGGCUGUGGAGGGAACUGUAACUGCGGCUCUGACUGCAAGUGCGACAGCAGCUCCAAAUGUGGGAUGUACCCUGACAUAGAGAACACCACCACUACAACCAUCAUCGCUGGCGUUGCACCACCAGUGAACAUGUACUCUGAGGGAUCGGAGAAGAGCUUUGGAGCAGAAGGAGGGCAUGGUUGCAAGUGCGGAUCAAACUGCAAGUGUGACCCUUGUACCUGUUAAAAUGAACAAAAAUGGAUCUCAAGCAAAGCAGCGAUAUAGCUUGACAUGAAUGAAAAAUAAGGAGGAAUGUCUGUGCUUUUGUGUUUAUAUGUUGGAAAGAGUCUUGGGGUAUAAAGUACAAUAAGACAGCCAUGGACUUCUGAAUAGUCCAACUGUUUGGAUUGUGUAGAUGUCUUUUGUGGCCACUUGUGAAGCAUUUGUGUCUGCUUUGUGGGUUAUGGAGUUUGAUGUAUGUCUAUGAAAGGGUGGAAACAAACAUGUCAUGAAUAUAGCUCCUUCAAUUGUUGUGUCAUA